AUGUCCGACCUCGGUACAAAGUUCGAACCCAGCAUCCGUCUUCGAGAGAUACUCAAAGAUGAUACUCAAAAUGUAUAUCGACCAGAGGUGGACACGAGUAGCGUCAAUGAGCGCAAGCUGAUUCGCAAAGUCGACUUGGCUCUAAUCCCACUGCUUGCGGCUUUCUACAUGAUGAACACGCUGGACAGGGGAGCUAUCGGCAAUGCGCGGCUCUAUGGCAUGGAGGCAGCCAUUGGACUCAGUGACAAGCAAUAUCUCCUGGCACUCACUGUGUACAUCUUCCCCUACUCUUUCCUGGAGCCGCCUUGCAAUCUCGCGUUCCGCAGGCUGCCACACCCAUCUUAUUGGUUCGCCGUCACGUUGUCGAUCUGUGGUAUAGCAAUGAUGUGCCACGGCUUUGCGAAGAACUUCGGCGACCUCGUUGGCCUGCGCAUCCUGCUUGGGGCCGCAGAAGCAGGCGUAUUUCCCGCCAUCAUCUUCUAUCUUUCUUGCUGGUACAGACAUUCUCAGAUUGGCCUACGUUUGGCCGUAUUCUUCGCGUCCAAUUCGUUAGCCGGUGCCUUUAGCGGGCUUCUUGCAGCGGCCAUACAUAAUAUGGAUGGCGUAGCCGGGAUCGCCGGCUACGCCUGGAUAUUCAUCAUCGAAGGCAUCGUUACCAUUGUGCUUGCAAUCAUGUCCCUGUUCUUGCUGCAAGAUUUCCCACAGUCAGCAAAGAUGCUGUCAGAGGAAGAGCGCGUGUAUAUCAUUCGUGGACUCUUGGCAGAUCACCAAUUCAGUGCGAGCGGAUCGGAGCCGUUCCGAAUGAGCGUUGUGAAGCAGACGUUACAAGAUCCAAAGACGUAUAUCACUGUCAUCAUCUGUGCUGGCUUUGUUGGACCACUGAUCUCCUUUCAACUCUUCUCACCAACAAUAGUCAACCAGUUGGGCUUUGAUGCAACGGCCGCAAACCUGCUGAGCGUACCGGCAUAUGUCUGGGGUUGCAUAUUGACAUGCAUUGUCGGCUUCGUCGGAGACCGCCGCGGACAGCGAGGCUAUGCUAAUCUUGUGUUGUUCGGCACGGGAUUCAUAGGCUACGUGAUCCUCAUUACCUCGCGUUCAACCGGUCUGUCAUACUUCGCGACAUUCCUCGCAGCAUCGGGGGUCUUCCCAACUAGUCCAAACACUGUUGCAUGGGUAACUAGCAACGUUGAAGGCUCGUACAAGCGCGCUUUCACCCUUGGGCUAGCAUUCGGCUUCGGUAACUUGCAGGGCGCAGUGACUUCAAAUGUUUACCGCGCGCAGGAUGAACCACGCUACAUCCUCGGUCACGGGAUCGCCCUGGCGUACCUAAGUAUCGGUUUCAUCACUUCGUUCGCGUAUAUGCUACUGCUUCGCAGAGAGAAUGCGGCUCGCAACAGAGACGAACGUGACGAGGUCAUCAUCGGGGUGGAUAACGACCGUGCGCGUGAAGAAAAUGGCGUGUUCGAAAGCAUUGAACAUGCGCGGCGGGAGAAGGGCGACGCGUGGAGUGGCUUCCGGUAUACACUGUGA